AUGGCGACGGCACUCUUUGAGGGAUAUGUUGCGUGGGUGCGCAACAACGCGGAGAACGCGAUGAGCCUUGAGCGCUUCUCGCGUAUGUUGGCGAUAAUGCUCACCGACCCGCGGAACCUCCUCACGAAGGAGCUCUCGUGGACGCUCAUACGCCUGCAUGCCUUCUCGAACCACACGAUCCUCACCACAGCCGGCAGGCGUGUCAGGUUCACGGAUAAGGUGGCCAUUCUCAGCAGAAUAAUACCGGAGAUGGAGUGCCUGCUGGAGCUUCUGCUACGGCGCUACUGCGGCCACACGACGGCGUGGAACGUGUUGCUGGUGCUGCAGUCCAUGAAGUGCGUGUUCAAUCUGCUCGUGCACCGGCAGCUCUUCCUCGUACCGUGGAUAUGGGCGGCGGUGCGACGACGGCUGCAGCAGCUGCUCAGCCUGGGCGCGUACGGGCGCCGCUUAUCGUCAGCGGUGGCAAGGGGCGACAGCCACACGCUGAGGUCCGGUGCGGUUGGGCCGGCGAAAACACAGCUCGUGAUUCCGCGCGUCGCGGCGCGGCGGCUGCACCAUCGUACAGCCCCAGAUGCCGGUGAGGACGCGGGUGACGUGGACGGCGGCAAGUCACUGCCCUGCACGGCGCUUGACCUGCUGGGCAUUGCGGUGGACCUCGUGCUGCUGCUGCGACCGCUGCUGCUGCUGUAUUCCGCCAGGCGUGUGUUCCCGCGCGAUGCGGCCGGCAUCGCCACACUGCCCUACCCGCAGCGCGUGGACAAGAGCAGCAGCAAUGCCGCAUCCAAGGAGGGCGCUGAAUGUGACGCCGACGGCCUCUUCCUUGUGCGGGCGGUGCUGGCGGAUGGCGCAUCCAAGUCGCUCAUGUCGAACUGGGGCGUGUGGCUUUCCUUCUUUGGCCUCGACGCGUGCCUUAUACUUCUCUCGCGCUACAUUCGACGCCACCGUGUGCCAGUUGUGUACAUCGAUAAGGAGGAUAGUUGCGGCCAGUUGGAUACAAACGGUGGCGAGGUACCAUCUCGCAGUAUGGAGAACAGCCACAACGGCGGCGGCGGCGACGGAAACUCCAACGGCCGAACGACGCCGAGAAUACCACCGCUGCCGCUGCCGCGGCCGCCAGGGACGGAUGUGGUUGCCGAGUCCACCCCUGUCGUCUCGCGCGAUAGCCUUCGUGUGCAGCAGGCGCUGCGCAACAUGGCGUACUCCUUCCUGCAGAGUCCCUUCUUCACAGCGGUGCUGCAGAAGUUCCUGUACGAUCACUUCGUGGUGGGCCGCCUUAACCGUAUCCCGCUCCUGGGGCCGCUGCUCGGCUACCAGGUUGCCUACUUACUUUGCAAGCAGCACUACUGCUUCAUGUACUUCCUUGGGCAGUAA